AUGGCCGGCCUCAACGACGUGCCCUUCAUCAAGGGCCUCGCCGUGCCUUCUGUCUGCGCCCUCAUCAUAUUUCUCGGCUACGUCUCCCAGUUUCUGUUCCAUUACUCGACCACCCUCGAACCCGGUCCUCCCUCUCGUCGCGAAACCAUCACCUUCAACAGUCUCCUCCUUAUCCUUUGGAUAACGUACUAUCGCGCCGUUACCACCGAUCCGGGCCGUUAUAUCUUCAAAGACCGUGUUAUUGAGGCUGAUGGUCAACGAUGGUGCAACAAAUGUGCGGCUCCCAAGCCUGCUAGGGCGCAUCAUUGCCGUCACUGUGCAAGAUGUGUGCCCAGAAUGGAUCAUCACUGUCCCUGGACGAGGAAUUGCGUCUCCAUGACCACGUUUCCCCAUUUCCUACGCUUUUUGAUCUACACCAACAUGUCGCUGUGGAUGCUGGGCUAUUUCCUGUGGCAGCGCUUCUCCCAGAUUUGGGAACACCGUCAUCUGCCUGCAUACUUGGGCCCUAGUUUCUACGGACUAAUUUGCAUGUCUCUUAUUGCCAUCGUCAACUUUGUCACCACCGUUGCGUUAGGAAUCAUGCUCAUUAACACUGUUAAGUCAUGGAUUUUCAACCAGACUAUGAUCGAAGGAUGGGAACAAGAGCGCCAUGAAGCUUUGAUGGACAAAGGUCCCAAGGAGUGGUGGGAUAUAAUGGGACCUGACGGCGAAAAGGUCCGUUUCGAGAAACUCGAGUUUCCAUACGACAUCGGCUUCUUUUCCAACAUGUCACAGGCGAUGGGGUCCCGCAAUAUCCUUUGGUGGUUCUUCCCUCUUGCGGGAAGCCCCAAAAUCUCCAAGGAUGGCACCGGUCAAGGCUGGGCAUGGGAAGAGAACGGCUUCAACCGCGUUGAAGGUCUCUGGCCACCACCGGACCCGGACAAACUUCGUCGAGCCGCACGAGGCUGGCCAGCUGGAAAUCGCGACUAUGCCGAAGAAUUGCGCCAAGCAAACAUGAGCUCCAGCGAGUACAAGGCCGGGUUUCUCAAGCGCCAGGCCGAUGAUGAGAGGCGCAAGAAGCAGCUCAUGGCGGAGCUGGAAGAGGUUGACGAUUUCGACAUGUAUGACGAUGAAGAGUAUGAUCGCGAGCUCGACCAAGGCCUUGGAUGGGUCAAUGCGGAUGGUGAUCGACUACGAGAUUACGGUGUUGAUGAGGAAGAGUCAGAGGUUGGAGAAGCUGAUGAUGACGAUGUGCCACUAGCAGAGCUGAUACGGAGAAGAAAAGUGUUGAAAAAGGACGGCUCAGACGAUUGA